AUGUCUGCCGCGCCUGUCCGAUCCCCGACGCUGAGGCCCCACAGGAUGAAGAAAGACGAGUCGUUCCUAGGCAAGCUAGGCGGGACGCUGGCGAGGAAGAAGAAAGCCAAGGAAGUGAGCGACCUCCAAGAAGAGGGUAAAAAUGCUAUCAAUGCACCAAUGAACCCAAGCACUGUGGACAUCCAUCCAGAAGACACACUAUUAGAGGAGAAUGAGGAACGCACAAUGAUUGAUCCUAAUUCAAAAGAAGACCCCAAGUUCAAGGAACUUACCAAGGUUCUAAUUGACUGGAUUAAUGAUGUGCUGGUAGAGGAGAGAAUCAUUGUCAAACAACUUGAAGAAGACCUUUAUGAUGGGCAGGUGCUGCAAAAGCUGCUAGAAAAAUUGGCUGACCGUAAACUGAAUGUGGCAGAAGUGACGCAAUCUGAAAUUGGGCAGAAACAAAAGUUGCAGACAGUCCUGGAAGCUGUCCAUGAUCUACUCCGACCCCAUGGCUGGACAAUCAAGUGGAAUGUUGACUCAAUCCAUGGCAAGAAUCUGAUUUCCAUUCUUCACCUUCUGGUAGCUUUGGCAAUGCAUUUCCGGGCUCCCAUUCGACUGCCUGAACAUGUGUCUGUACAAGUGGUAGUUGUGCGGAAACGUGAAGGCCUCCUUCAGACCACUCAUGUUACAGAGGAGCUGACGACUACAACAGAGAUGAUGAUGGGAAGAUUCGAGCGCGAUGCCUUUGACACACUUUUUGAUCAUGCUCCAGACAAACUCAGCAUAGUCAAAAAGUCUCUGAUCACCUUUGUGAACAAACACUUGAAUAAACUGAAUUUGGAAGUAACAGAGUUAGAAACCCAGUUUGCAGAUGGUGUUUACCUGGUUUUGCUCAUGGGUCUCCUUGAGGACUAUUUUGUUCCACUUCACAACUUCUACUUAACACCUGAAAGUUUUGAUCAAAAGGUCCAUAAUGUUUCCUUUGCUUUUGAGCUGAUGCAAGAUGGAGGACUGAAGAAGCCAAAAGCUCGCCCUGAAGAUGUUGUCAACUUGGAUCUGAAGUCUACCCUCAGGGUUCUAUACAACUUGUUCACAAAGUACAAGAACAUUGAAUGAUCCUGGAAGCU